CGCACGCUCGCGUGCGCGUGUUGGGGUGGGGGUAGCUCCGGGCUUUGGGCCUGUGAGAAGAGGGCCCAAGGAGCCAGCUCUCUUUCUGGCCUGGGUUGUGGCAAUUCUCCUGCUGCUUCCCAGCAGCCAAGAAGGCCCGCGUGGAGCUACUAGGCCCGCCCUUAGGCUGCACUCCCCACAAGUCCACAAGUUGUGGCUUGAGGAAACAAAUUUUUAACAGGGUCUGUUGAUUAUUAACAGUGAGAAAAGGAGUCCAAACUCAGCUCCCCUGUGGCUUCAACUCUCCUGCAGAAAUGCUAAACCCCAAGAUGUGGGCCUCCAUGAGGCAGGGGUUGAGCAGGGGCUUGUCUAGGAAUAUGAAGGGGAAGAAGAUAGACAUUGCCGGCAUCUACCCACCCAUUACCACCCCGUUCACCGCCACCGCAGAGGUAGACUAUGGGAAACUGGAAGAGAACCUGAAUAAACUCAGCACCUUCCCCUUCCGAGGCUUCGUGGUCCAGGGCUCUACUGGAGAGUUUCCAUUCCUGACCAGCAUCGAGCGCCUGGAGGUGGUGAGCCGCGCGCGACAGGCCAUACCCAAGGACAAGCUCCUGAUAGCCGGCUCUGGCUGCGAGUCCACUCAAGCCACAGUAGAGAUGACCGUCAGCAUGGCUCAGGUUGGUGCUGAUGCCGCCAUGGUGGUGACUCCUUGUUAUUAUCGUGGCCGCAUGAGCAGCGCGGCCCUCAUUCACCACUACACCAAGGUGGCCGAUCUUUCUCCAAUCCCUGUGGUGUUGUACAGUGUCCCAGCCAACACCGGGCUAGACCUGCCCAUGGACGCAGUGGUUACAUUGUCUCAGCACCCGAAUAUCAUUGGCAUAAAGGACAGCGGUGGUGAUGUGACAAAGAUCGGGCUAAUGGUUCACAAGACUAGCAGGCAGGAUUUCCAGGUGUUGGCUGGGUCAGUUGGCUUCCUUCUGGCCAGCUAUGCUGUGGGAGCUGUUGGGGGUAUAUGCGGUCUAGCCAAUGUCUUAGGGGCUCAAGUGUGCCAGCUGGAGAGACUCUGCCUCACAGGGCAGUGGGAGGCUGCCAGGACACUGCAGCACCGCCUCAUCGAGCCCAACACCGCGGUGACCCGGCGCUUUGGAAUCCCGGGGAUGAAGAAAACCAUGGACUGGUUUGGCUACUAUGGAGGCCCCUGUCGUGCCCCCUUACAGGAGCUGAGCCCCACCGAGGAGGAGGCCCUGCGCUUGGAUUUCAGCAACAAUGGCUGGCUCUGACAAGGAGGAAACACCUCGCCCGAGCCUUUUGGUACUUCCUGUUCCCACAGCCCGAUGAGGAGCAGGGCAUUAGGAAUUGGAGCUUGUCUUAAUCACUGUUCUAUUGCUGUGAAGAGAUACCAUGACCCUAGUGACUCUUGUAAAGGAAAGCACUUAAUUGGGCCUGGCUUACAGCUUCAGAGAUUUAGUCCAUUAUCCUCAAUGUGGGAAGCACGGUGGCGUGCGGCAGACAUGGUGCUGGAGAAGGAACUGAGAGUUCUAUAUCUGGAUCACACGCAGGAGGAAGAGAAAGCCAUUGGGCCUGGCUUGAGUUUUUGAAAACCCCAAAGAGCCCACCUCCAGUGGCACACUUCCUCCAAUAAGGCCACACCUCCUAAUUCUUUCAAACAGUGCCAUUCCCUAAGCAUUUAAUUGUAUGAACCUAUGGGGACCAUUUUUAUUGAAAGCACUUUCUGUUUUUGAUGGUUUUCUUCACUGUGUAAGCUUUUCCUUAGCCGGGUGUUGGUGGCGCACGACUUUAAUCCCAGCACUCGGGAGGCAGA